GUUUUUUUUUAAAAAUCUGGAUUAUUUUCAAGUGUUUCUUCAAGAGGUGUCACCGGGUUUGACUCUCCACAAGAUGGAAUCAGCACCUCUGGGGACAUCAUAAAGACGGACAGACAGGACUACAGAUUUCAAACAGUGGCAGACUCCUCGGUGGCAGUGCCGGUGGCAGUGCCGGUGUCGUGCGCGGCCUUGUUUCCCAUGGACCUCAGGGUGGGAGAGCGGGGGAUGCGCCCUGGUUCGGACACAGCGCUUCUCACCCCGCUACACCCGCCUUUACUCCUCACCCCGUUCUCCCCUCAGCCCCGUACCUCCUUCUCCCAACAGCAACUGCACCAGCAUAUCCGGUUUAACAUGGAGCAGAGGAGGCGAGAGCAGGAGCACCACGAGAAACAACAGGAGUUGCAGCAGCUAAAGCACAAAGACAAGAGUCAACAGAGUGCAGUGGCCAGUUCUCUGGUGAAACAGAAACUCCAGGAGGUUAUUCUUAAGAAGCAGAAACAGGCAGCGCUGGAAAGAACCAACUCCAACCCUAUGACUGCAGCUCCUGUAGCAUACAGAAAGCUGGGCCCAGACCCCAGUGCGUCCUCCCAGACUCUGGUCUCGUCUCCGUCACAGCUUUCUCCUGAUGGUUCGGAAAGGACGCCGCUACGCAGAGCAGCGUCCGAGCCCAAUCUGAAGGUGAAACACAAGCUGAAGAAACACCUAAACACCCGCAAGAGUCCGCUCACCCGCAAAGAGAGCGCGCCGGCCACUGUCAAGCACCGAGUACCUGACACACUGGACUCGUCCCCCAGCAGCAGCAGCACUCCGGUCUCUGGCUGUAGCUCUCCUAAUGACAGUCUGCCCAAUGAGAAUGGGCUACUGCCAUCUGCAGGCGGCCUCUCGCAUGAGGCCCAGAGGCUGCUACUCAGAGAUGGCACUCUGGCUAACUUCACCAUCCAGAGUCCCUCCACUCUGCCCACCAUCACACUGGGACUCCCAGCUAACGCCAGGGCUGAAGGAGAGCUGUCCUCUCUGAGAGUCGGCCGGAUGCCAUUGGUUACAGCCGGGGGCUCACAGGUCUUCCUACCCCUUAGCAGAGAGGACCAGGCUGGGCAGCUAAACCCUCAUCUGCCUGUCAUCAUCCUGGAAUCCUCCGGACUGGUACACACUCCGCUGCUUUCUGUUGCAGGUCUAGACCCCGUCCAGCUACAGUUUGCCCCCCAGUUAGACCACCUCACCCCUGGAGGAGCUCAUCCUCACAAGCCCCUGAGCAGAACACGCUCAGAGCCCCUCCCCCAGAGCCCGCGGACCCUUCACACACAUCUCCUCCAACAGCAGCACAACCCGCAAAUACUGGACAGGCUAUUACGGCAAACUCACCUGGGCAAGCUGAUGUCUAAGUCCAGCGAGAAGCCCAGACUGCACCAGAUCCCAUCUGAGGACAUGGACUCAGAGGACGGUGGCGGGACGUCGCCCACAGUGACAACCUACCAGAGCAGAGUGAGGGCGGAGGCACUGAGGGAGGCGGAGCCGACAGCAUCCAAGAGCCAGGAAGAGCAACUCAACCUGCAACAUGCACUCAUACUCAACCAGUCGUUGCUAUGGGAGCAGCAGAAGCAGCUGCAGCAGCUGCAUCGACAGAUGGAGACCCUGGCAGUACCCAUGAUGCACGGCGGUGGGGUUGGUGGUGGGCUGGGAGUUCAUCGGCCCUUGUCACGUGCACAGUCCUCCCCAGCCUCCACCUCUCUCACUCUGCCUGAAAAACCCCUGAGCCUGACCGCACAGGAUAGCAGCUGCAAACCACGCUUCACCACUGGCCUGGUCUAUGAUUCUCAGAUGCUGAGGCACCAGUGUACAUGUGGAGACAACAGCAGUCACCCGGAGCAUGCUGGGAGAAUACAGAGCAUCUGGUCCAGACUACAGGAGAGAGGCCUGAGGGGACAGUGUGAGACUAUCCGCGGUCGUAAAGCCACUUUGGAGGAGCUGCAAUCGGUCCACACAGAGCGCCACGUGUUACUCUACGGCACCAACCCGCUCAACAGAUACAAGCUGGAUAACCGCAAACUGGCCGGAAUCCUGUCCCAAAGGAUGUUUGUGAUGUUACCAUGUGGGGGUGUAGGGGUGGAUAAUGACACCAUCUGGAAUGAGUCACACACUUCAACGGCAUCACGCAUGGCGGCGGGCAGCGUUGUUGAGCUGGCCUGCAGAGUGGCCAAAGGAGAGCUAAAGAACGGCUUUGCUGUGGUCAGGCCGCCAGGGCAUCACGCAGGCCCCUCUAAUCCAAUGGGUUUCUGUUACUUCAAUUCUGUGGCCAUAGCCGCCAAGAAGCUCCAACACAGGCUCAGCGUCAGCAAGGUCCUGAUUGUUGACUGGGAUGUUCACCAUGGCAACGGCACCCAGGAAGUGUUUUACAGCGACCCCAGCGUUCUCUACAUCUCACUUCACCGCUACGACGAUGGAAACUUCUUCCCUGGCAGUGGGUCACCAGCUGAGGUUGGUUCUGGAGCAGGCGAGGGCUUCAAUGUGAAUGUGGCGUGGACAGGAGGACUGGACCCACCCAUGGGGGAUGCUGAGUACCUCGCUGCGUUCAGGUCCGUGGUGAUGCCCAUCGCCCAGGAGUUCUCUCCGGACUUCGUGCUGGUGUCGUCCGGGUUUGACGCUGCCGAGGGCAACCCCGCUCCUCUGGGAGGGUACAAGGUCUCAGCCAAAUGUUUCAGCCACAUGACCCGCCAGCUGAUGUCUCUAGCAGGGGGUCGUCUGGUUUUGACCCUCGAGGGCGGUCACGACCUCACAGCUAUCUGCGACGCGUCUGAAGCCUGUGUCAGUGCACUACUGGACAUACAGGACCAACUGCCAGAAGAAGUCCUGCUCCAGAAGCCCAGCGCUAAUGCAGUCCGCUCCCUGCAGGCCGUCAUACAGAUACAAAGUCAGUACUGGCAGAGUGUGAAGGCUCACAGCGGAUCAGCUGGUCUGUCCUAUCUCGCCGCGCAGAGACGAGACUGUGAGGAAACGGACGCCGUCAACGCUCUGGCCUCGCUCUCUGUGGGAGUCCUUCCCAGUGAGAUCUCUCCACUCACUUCUGUUUUCCCCUCCUCCAGCCUCCCUGACGAGCCAAUGGAGCAUGACAGCAACUCCAUGUAGAAGAAUCCGACCAAUCGCCUCACAGAGCUCACCUCCAGGAUCUCGACCAAACCCGUAGCCUCGGAUCCUGCAUUGUCACAUGACCAUGAAGAGGGGGGUGCGCGUUUGUAAUUCCACUGAGCCCCACCCAUCUGCCUUAUUCACACUUGUGCACAUCCACCAACACACAAUGCUGAGCCUCAGACCGGCAGUAUGAGCACCUCAAUGCUGGUUACCACUCAGCUGAAGCCGGCAGAUCUACCUGCAGCUGGGCAACCUUCCAAAAACCUCACCAAAAAGCAAUACCAGAUGAUUUUUUAAUACCUUUUGUGUCUCCUGACUGACAUUGGAUUUUUUGUGUGUCCAGAGGUCCAGGGGCACAGCUCUGUGACCACCAACUGUAAAGGAACAGACAGAAUUCAGCCCAGCUCUGAAUUCUCUUGAAGCACUAUGUACCAGCAGAUGUUUUGUUGCCUUAACUUUGCCUUAACGUGAGGACCAACAGGUUUCACAAUGAUGAGACUUUACGUCACAUAUUCCUCUCUUUUCUGCCACUUUGCAGAAUGCACCUACGACAUCAGGUGACAGCGUAUACGCAUUGAAGAAAGUUUCCAAAUCAUACAGAGAGAAUACAAAUAAUAAGACACAGAGAUUGUCUGCUUCAAUGAUGUCAUUACAUGCAGUUUAACCACUAUAAGAAGACAACAAAGAACUCUAGGGAAAGAGAGAAAAUGAAGACACAAAAAGGACAACUGUGGUUUUGUAGAAACAAAGAAAAGGCAGAUGUCCUUGUUGUUUUAUUGCACUGUUCAUUCCAUAAUGUGAACCAUAAGAAAUUCCAAAGCUCUGGGAUAUAAAGGAAAGAAAAACAACAACUCCUCUGAAAUUGUGUCUGCUAUUUCCCCAGCUCUUCAUCUGACAUGUCUGAGUCUCUGACUAAGGACACGAAUUGGCCGAAAUACUGUAGAGUUGCAUUUCCUAUGAAGUUAAUCCAAAAAGUAGGCAAGAUUUUUUUAAGCAGGAAUAUUUUUUCACUGCUGUUAAGUGUCUUAGAUGCACACACAAACCUACACACACAUGUACAAAGCAAUGAUGACUUGUCGAUGUACCACUAGUAUUAAAUACUGUAUAUUAUUGUGUAUAUUUGAGACUAAAGGAGCGUUCAUUCCACUGUGGCACCACUGAGGACCAUUGUAUUGUUGUAGUAGCAAUAAUGUAAAUGCACUUAAUGGACAUCCCCCAAAGAAAACUGCCUUAAGACUUGGCCUGCACUUGGUUAUUGGACUGUGUGACAAAGCAACACAAGGGACUAGUAUGGAGACUGAUCCUCACAGGGACUCUACUUUUAAAAGACAACGUUUGAACCUGUGGAUUUAGGUAAACAUCGUACGUGCAGACUUUUGUGUACUGUUUAUUUUGAUGAUGAGCCUUGUUUGAAUGUUCUCUUCGACCAGUUUUGGAGUUCAAAGCUUUAACACAGUCUAAUUAAGGAAAGUAAUCCAUUGUGUGUUUGUUUGGCGGUGAACUUGAGUGGGUUUUUUUUGACUCGUCUUUGCAACUGUGCUUAGUAGCAGCUCUUCCUGUCAUGCUACAAUCAACCUAGACAAGGGCAACGUUAACAUGUUGGUCCCGUCAUCUACUCUUGACGUUUGAAGUACAGGUCAUGUUGAAGAAACCUCUCAUUGCCCUGCUAUCGGGGCAUGUAAAGGGCUUUGCAUUCCAAAAGUGAAAACAAAAUAUUAUUGUUUGCAGGUUUAUGGGGAAAUCCAUUUUUCAUGCAUACUAGGUUUGACCAGUUCAAAGGCUUUUGAUACUUUUGUUUUUAGAUCAGAGAUGCAGAUAGCUGAGUCUUAAUAAUUAAAUUCGACAAAGCUGUGGCCAAAAGAAAGCAGUUUUCUUCUGUUGUUGUUGAGUGUUCAAGCUUCUAAAGCUGCAUCUAGACACUAAAACUCUAUCGUGAAACUGAGACCACCUAUACGGCUUUGUAUGAAAGAGUUUUUACAUCCAUGAGUGAAUUUGAAGCAGCACAAUCGGAUUUUCAGCUUUUGUUAGGAAAGAUUUGAUUUUGUGUGUAAAUGUAGCUUUUGUAAAAACCUAGAAUGAAAGUAGCACAGUCUCCACAGCAAGUUAAUGUGACUGGUUUAAGGAAAUGUUACCAUUUAGGCAUCCAGGUAGGAAACCUAUAUGCGUGCUCAGUUUGCUCUAGUUGGACCCUGGGCAUCGUCUGCCCAACAGAAGGCCUUGUAUAUUAACCAAAAUGACAGUAGAGCUAAAAGUUACGAUUUUGCCUUUGGAGAAGUCCCACUGCUGUUGCACUACUGCCUCAUUCCAGUAGGAAUCAUUAGGAAAAUGUUGGAUGUGCUUUCUGUAAUGGGUGUAACUGAAAAAGCGUGUCGUUCUUUUUGGUGUUGUAAAAAGUGUUCUUAACAGCAAGUGACGGCAUUGAAACAAAAUGCUGUGUCUCUCUUAUCCAGCGUGGUGUCUAUGAAGUCAAUGGUGUCUGAUCUGUCGAGGAGUGCAUGUGUGUGAGAGUGAGAGAGCGUUGGCUACUGCAUUUGCACAAGUGCAUAUGUUAAGUGUUUAGUGUGUGUGUGGGGUUUGUGUUGUUCCGACAAAUACUGUAAAUGACCUCCUGUAUUAUAUUCCCAGUGGCUGUUCUUUCGUCUUAUGGAGAGGCCAGUAUUGCCUCAACUCUUAAUUCCCUUUAUAACUGAUGUCAUAUGUACCUUCUUCUUAAAGAAAGACACUGUAAAUAGAAACUCCAUGACCAAAGUCCACAUGUCACACAUGUGCCUUGAUGCAUUCAGCAGUAGUAUCUGUAUUGGUAAAUCUUAACUAACUGGACGUACAGUAACUACAGCUCUGGAAAGAAUUACGAGACCACUUCAAAAUGAUCAGUUUCUCUGGUUUUAUUAUUUAUUGGUAUGUGUUUGAGUAAAAUGACAUUUUUUGUUUUAUUCUAUAAACUACUAACAACAUUUCUCCCAAAUUUCAAAUAAAAAUAUUGUCAUUUAGAGCAUUUAUUUGCAGAAAAUGACAACUGGUCAAAAUAACAAAAAAAGAUGCAGUGUUUUCAGAUCUGGAAUAAUGCAAAGAAAACAAGUUCAUAUUCAUUUUUAAACAACACAAUACUUAUGUUUUAAUCUUCCAGGACAACUUUGUACUACUUUUGAUUCAUGUGUCCUUCACAAAGACAAAUCUGCCCGAUUCCAGCCUUGCUGAAGCACCCCCAGAUCAUCACCGAUCCUCCACCAAAUCUCACAGUAGGUGCGAGACACUGUGGCUUGUAGGCCUCUCCAGGUCUCCAUCUAACCAUUAGACGACCAGGUGUUGGGCAAAGCUGAAAAUUGGACUCAUCAGAGAAGAUGACCUUACUCCAGUCCUCUAUGGUCCAAUCCUUAUGGUCUUUUGCAAACCUCAGCCUGGCUCUUCUUUGCUUCUCGUUGAUGAAGGGCUUUUUUCUAGCUUUGCACGACUUCAGCCCUGCCCCUAGGAGCCUGUUUCUAACCGCCCUCUUCACCCCAGCUGCCGUUUGCCAUUCUUUUUCAACCAGAAUUGAACACUUCUUUUCCUCACACAAAACUUUUCUUUUUAACUCUUUUGGCAUGGUCAAUAGUCACUUUUUUUUUUUUUUAUUCCAAUUACUUUUGAGGUACUACUAGCACUGUUUCUGCCACCCAGCUGGUCCUAUUGCAAGAGGAUAGUGAUGACCACAGCACUGGUUUUUAUACUCUUCUUCAUUAAAUAAGAUUUGGUUCAGGUGAUCACCUAAUCAGUACCUCAUUAAGUAGAAUCAGGUGUGCCUGUAUUGGAAUUCAACAGACACUGGAAUGGAAUGGCUGCCAUACACGUAAAGAUGCUGAUUUAAGAAAGAUUUGGAGUGGUCUCUUCAUUUUUUCCAGAGCUGUAUGUAGUAUCUUUAAACGUGACAUUGAAAUCUUUUUUUCAUGCUAUUCUUUAUUAUUUACUUGUGUUAUUUUCCUUCACAAUUCCUACCAUGUGUAUGUAAAGAAAGAUUGUCUAUUUUGUACUGUUGUUUUUUUUGUCUUUUUUUCUUGAUUAAAACGAUAAUU